AACCGGCUCGUAGCCAAUCAGAUCUGAGACACCCGGGCGUUGACCUUUGGAAAGGCUUGUUAAAGUUGUGUUUGCCUCUUUAUGGUUUGUUUGUGCAGGCUGGACUCCAGCUGGUGUGAGCUUGGACACAGUUUACCUGCAGCAGAGAAUAUGAUGAAGAGGAAGUUGGUGAUUGAUGUGGACCCAGGGGUGGAUGAUGCUCAGGCCAUCAUGGUGGCCCUCGCCACCCCCAAUGUGGAGGUCCUGGGGAUCACCUGCUGCCAUGGCAACACACCUGUGGACAAUGUCUGCAAGAACACACUCCGCAUCUUGAAAGUCUGCAACAGACUGGAUCAGAUCCCGGUGUACCGCGGCUGCACAGAGCCUCUGCUGGGCCGCAAAAUCCAUGCCGGUGAUUUCCACGGGAAGGACGGGCUUGGCGACGCUCCAGAUCCAGACGCUCCAGGCCUGGAGCUGCUGCAGAAGGAGGGAGCUGUGACGGCCAUGAUCAGGAUGAUCAGUGAGAACCCUGGGGAGGUGCACCUUGUCGCCACGGCCCCCCUCACCAACCUGGCCAUGGCAGUAAAACUGGACCCCGCCAUCUCUGAGAAACUCAAGGGGCUCUACAUCAUGGGAGGCAACACCGACUCCAGGGGUAACACCACAGUGUGUGGGGAGUUCAACUUUGUCGCGGAUCCCGAGGCUGCCUACAUCGUGUUAAACCGGUUCUUCUGUCCGACCUACAUUGCCACCUGGGAGUUUAGCUGCAGGAACAACCUGCCGUGGUCUUUCUGCGACCCGUGGCUCGCUCAAGACACGGACAAGGCUCGUUUUAUGAAGAGGAUUUUCAGUCACACCAUGCAGAUGGUCCAGACGGAGCGCUUUGAGAAGGAGAUGGUGGCAGGAGUCGGUUUCACUUCCUGUGACACCUAUGCCAUGGCUGCAGCCAUCGAUGACACGUUUGUGACGGAGUGUGAACAGGUUGCAGUGACAGUGGAGCUGGAGGGGCGCUACACCCGAGGCAUGAUGGUGCUGGAUCCUGUGGAGAUGCUCAAAAAGCAGCACAAGGUCAACAUCAUGAAGACGGUGGACCUGGAAAAGCUCAAGAAGAUGCUGAUGGACUCACUGAAGUAGUGUGGUUGCAUUUUCCCAAGGAAAUUCUACUUUGAGGCACAGAAAGGCCUCUUAACCAUGACACAAUAUGGCAGUAAAGCCUAGUUAAUACCAGCAUACAUAACAUUCUUUUAAGCAGGAUGGCAGCUUGAUGAGAAAGUUGGAUCAGGAGCCUCGAUUAACAAUUGUUCUUAUUACCCUACACGUUCCAGUUAGCCCUGGGUCAAGAAUUCACGCUUUAAAGUCAAAGCCCAGGGUUUUCCUCAGAACAUCUGCAGCACAGUUUUGAUUGAACAAACAUUAUGGUGCUUUUCAAAAGUAUUCUAAAAGUAUUCAAAAGUAUUCUUUUGUUCUAGUCUUGAUUCUAACUUUGACACAACAGGCCUUAACGUUGACUUUUAGGGGAUAUCCCCAGAAAAUUCCUGAUAACUUGUUCUGGAGUGGUGUUAUGUGUGGGGAUAUCAACAUGCAAACUAGGGCAUUUUUUAAUGAAACCUUGCCUUAUUUGAAUUUUCAGAUAAACAUAUUUCAUAUGUGUCAAUUUGUAACAGGAAGAAAUAUUUUUCCCCUAGUCACCUGUGGUGCUUGUUGUAGAUGUUUUCCAUUUGAUGUGAUGCUUCUACGUGACAGAGCUUCAAUGACACUGCAAACAGCACCUACAGAAUAUGGAUGUGAGAUUGUGUACAAUAUGGGAAAAAAGUUUGUUUUUUCUAUCUUUGCCGUUAAUUAAAUCCAAAAGCUCAAAAUCCAGUACUGCUGUCACUGCACCAACCUAUGAAAUACUGACAGCACCAAGGGAUUACUGCUACAG